CCUGUAGACGCAUUCGCUCGUACGCUUCGUCCAAAAGAGGGCUUUUUAUACGAAAGAAAGAGAGACAUUUAACAACCGUCGGUCUUCUCUUCUCUUAUCUUUCUCGUGGUCUCCAAAUAGUCGUACAUAUUCGUCUACUACGAAGAAAUAUAACUUCGGAAGAGGAAAUAUACAAAAGAAAUAUUCUAAGUUUGAAGAAAGAAAUUACAUCGGACAAACGCGGACAAAUUGAAAUUGUUUGUUUGUUUUUUUUUUAAUCGAUAUUUAACGAUCGAAGAAAUAUAACAAAUUUCUUUAGUCCAAUUAGUUCGGAUUUUAUUUUCGAGAAUAAAUAUAUAUAUAUAUAUUUAUAUAUGUUUAGCUCGAUCAACGAGUAACUUGUCAAAUCGAAUAUUUGGAGAAACAAAAUAUUCUUCGAUUGGAAAGAUUGAUUAACCCUCCUGUCAACCAAGUUCGAGUAAUAUUUUCUUUGUCAACCGAAAUAGGCAGUGAAGAAUAAAACGAUUUAUUGAUUUAUUGAGAGAGACAAAAAAAGCAGCAGCAAAGUACUUGUUUUGUUGUUGUUGUUGUUGUUAUUGUUGUUUCGGGAUAAUUAUUAUCAUUGUUAUAUCGUAAUUCGUAUCAGGCCGAAAAAUAUUUAUCGACGAAUCAUAAAGACGAAGUUUAAGAGACGUAAAAUUACGAGGAAGAUAUAUAUAUAUAUAUAUUCGCGCGUACACGUUUUCAAAGCUUUCCACUAAAGAAAAAUUGGAGAGAGUUUGAUAUACGAAAUGGCAGUAGCAGCAGCUCAGAAGAAUCGCGAAAUGUUCGCCAUUAAGAAGUCGUACAGCAUUGAGAAUGGUUAUCCGGCACGACGUCGUUCAUUGGUGGACGAUGCUCGUUUCGAAAAAUUAGUCGUCAAACAGACUAAACAAAACGUAUUGGAAGAAGCACGUCAACGAGCGAAUGACCCAAAUGCCGAUCCAAAAGACCAACAAGAAGGACAAUCUGAAAUUUACAUUGACGGGGAACAUGGAGAGACUUUAAUUUGUGAAAGCAAGGAAGGAGAAGCUAAAGCUGAUGUUUCAUCAGACAGCGAAGAGAAACCCGAUGACGAUUAUGACGACGAUGUUGGAUUGACCGAGGAAGAAGUUGUAUUGGCUAAAGCAAUUGCUGAAAGUCCGGAGAGCGAAAACGUCAUACAAAAAGCUUCAUUAGUGUUACGUUUGCGUGAAGGCAUUAGUUCAUUGGCAAGAAUCUUAAAGACCGUUGAAAAUUUCAAGGGUACGGUAACUCACGUUGAAUCGAGACCUUCGAAAAAGGAAGGUUUACAGUUCGAUGUUCUGGUGAAGGUUGAUAUAACGAAACAAUGUCUAUUGCAAUUGAUACGAAAUCUACGACAAAGUUCAUCGUUGGACGGCGUUACUUUGUUGACGGAGAAUUCUGUAAGCAUCAAGGAUCCUUGGUUCCCACGUCACGCAUCAGAUUUAGACAAUUGUAAUCAUUUGAUGACGAAGUACGAACCGGAUCUCGAUAUGAACCAUCCUGGAUUUGCGGAUAAGGAAUAUCGUGCACGUAGAAAGGUCAUAGCUGAGAUAGCAUUUGCUUAUAAGUAUGGUGAUCCAAUUCCCAGCAUCCCAUACACCGAAGUUGAAAAUGAGACGUGGUCUCGCGUUUUCAAUACCGUUGUUGAUCUGGUACCUAAACACGCAUGUGUGGAGUAUCAAAGAGUCUUCAAAAAAUUACAAGAAGAAAAGAUCUUUGAGUGUCAUCGUAUACCACAAUUACAAGAAGUUAGUAAUUUUCUACAAAAGAAUACUGGAUUUACAUUAAGACCAGCAGCUGGAUUGCUCACCGCCAGGGAUUUCCUAUCGAGUCUUGCAUUUAGAGUAUUCCAAAGUACCCAGUACGUUCGUCAUAUCAACAGCCCUUAUCACACUCCUGAACCAGAUUGCAUUCACGAAUUAUUGGGACACAUGCCGCUACUUGCCGAUCCAAGUUUCGCACAAUUUUCACAAGAAAUUGGUUUGGCAUCACUCGGUGCAUCUGAUGAAGAAAUUGAAAAAUUAUCAACUAUUUAUUGGUUCACCGUUGAAUUUGGAUUAUGUAUGGAGGGUGGUGAGGUAAAAGCUUAUGGCGCUGGUCUCUUAUCUGCUUAUGGUGAAUUGCUUCAUGCUCUGAGCGAUAAAUGCGAACACCGACCAUUCGAACCAACUACUACGGCUGUUCAAAAGUAUCAAGAUCAAGAAUAUCAACCGAUUUAUUUCGUUGCUGAAAGUUUCGAAGAUGCUAAAGAAAAGUUCCGUCGUUGGGUGGCAACCAUGAGCAGACCAUUCGAGGUCAGGUUUAAUCCGCACACGCAACGUGUUGAAGUACUCGACACGGUCGACAGGUUGGAAGGAGUUCUUUCUCAACUUAAUACCGAUAUAACUCAUCUUACCAAUGCUAUUAACAAAAUCAAGCGCAAUUUUGCCGCGUAAAAUGAUGAAAAAGUAUAAUUUGACUUUUUCCAAAAAAAGAAAAAAAAACCCAAUCAAUUUCUCUUGAAAGAAAACGAUUUAACUUAUCUUAUUGCUUAGAUUUGUCGUCGUAGAUAAAUAGGGUUUUAUUGUCAAUCAAUCUCGAUCAAUCUUUUUAUUUUUUUUUUAUCCUUUAUCCUAUUAGUAUA